AUGUUGGAGCUGGAGAAACACCCCAGUGGAAGACACCGGAACGCCAGCAACCUCGCACCUGAAGGCAGUAUCACUCACUUGCCCUGCGGCGAGCUGAUGAAACUCAAUGCCUCCUUCGCCUUGGAUGCCAGAUGCCCCUCUAGCUGCCCAAUGCAUGUCGACCCUAGCAGCGAAUUGAUGAAGGACUUUUGCCAUUCCAUGUGUGUGCCCAAGGGUUCCUGCAAAAAAUACAAUCCAAAGGCACCCGUUGGGGAUUCCGAUAUUGGCUCAUGCCGUGGAGCAGUAGUUGACGGGUGCGAGGUGCCGAGUCAAGAUGGCACUGACGCGUGCGUGGAGUGCGGAAGCUUCUUCUAUCUUACCCGAGACCGGAAAUGUGCUCGCAAGUAUGCUUGGGCCCUAUAUGUGAUCGCGGCGGUGCUCGUGGCCGUGGUCAUUCUGAUUCUUGUGAUCUUGGUCGACUUGCUCCGGCGUCCAGUGACAAACGCUGAUGGGCUCGAGGAUGCCCUGGAAUACCGCUCCAAGCAGAAGUUUCGGACACCGAAGCUUGAUGGAACGGGUCGCCGCCUCUACCCUCUGUCUACGAAUCUUUGCACUCGCAUCGUGGGUGGCCCUGGCCUGGCGCUGCACUUCCGCUUCCAGGCGGCGAUCAUCGCCUGGGCAGCUGUAGUUGCUGCAAGCUGGAUGCUCCUGGCGCUUUUCGUGGACUAUGACUUGCUGGUCCUUGGUACUAAAAAGUUUGGGACAGCAUUCCGAAACUGCAUACUGGUUGCAUGGGGCCGCGCUACACAACGGAGGCUCAUGUGGGUCAAGACGUGGUUUCUGGGCUUCGUCUACGUCUUUUCCGUUCUAGGCAGUGUCAUCUUUUCUGCUCGCCAGCUACAGUUCUGGCAGCUUCUCGAUGAUCGCAAUGACACCAUGAAAGACUAUGCGCUCAGACUGUCUGGCCUUCCUUGGCUGGAAGGAUCUGUCCGCAUUGAGGAGGAACUCAAGGAGAGCUUGCAGCUCGCAACUGGACACACGGUGGUGGACGUUUCUGUUUGCUGGGACUACUGCGAACACCAGGAUGCGGUCCGCAUACAGCUCCAGAAAACUUUAGAUGGGCGGCAUCGGCAAGGUUCCGCCAGAAGAAGCCAAGCAGGGAGUUCGCCGCAGGACAUGAGCUCGUUCCAGAAGACUUUAUUUCGGAUCGAGCAAAUGAUCCUUGCGGAGGACGGUGACCAAGAGCUGUCAGAAGAGGAUCUCCAUGAUGUCCUGACAUCUCUGAGGUGUUGUUCCACGGCCUUUGCUGUCUUCGAGACAGAGCGCGCCCGUGAUGAGGCGGUUCGGGCUUUGUCCUCGGGCCUGUGCUUUCGGGAUGCCUGGAUCGAUGUCUCCGCCACCAUCCGUGAGCCUCAUGGCGUGAAUUGGAAGAACAUGAAUACCAGCGGCUUCACUGGCAAGCUGGAGCGGCUGGGAAGGGGCAUCGUCAUGGUGCUUUUGGGCCUGGCACUGUACCUCGGAGUGUUCUAUGCUCCAUAUGCUUGGUCUAUCCUGAAGUUUAACUACGAGGGUGGCCAGCAGCCUGGCAUGGUGUACACAAUCGCCUUCUCGCUGAUUGUUUGUGUGGGCAACCUCAUGAUGGCUGAGAUGUGCAGCCGUGUGGCAGACACUAUUGGCUUUGAAUACAAGGAGACAAGAGAGAAUUGCUACAUGGUCCUCUACUUGCUGGCAAUUGUCGUAAAUGUUGGCCUCGACUUAUGGACGACGUAUUAUAUGGCAUCUCAGAUCAUGAUCGGACUGGACUUCCGAACUGAAGAUGGACGUCUGCUGGUAAAGGUGGAGAGCUUCUUGGAACGCUUCGAGAGCUAUGCCCUGCAGCGCUCCAUGGGUCAGCAGCUCUACGAGUAUGCGUUCCCGUGUACUUUUCUGGUUCCUUUCCUCGCCGAGCCACUGGCCGUGAUCUUCUCAUUCUCACGGCUCUUCAUGCUGCUGGUGAGGAGUCACCCAGAGCUCAAGUCCUGGGAGAGCAGGGGCUGGCUGGCGGCCCUGGACUUGGAACUCGGUCGCUAUGCGGACUGCUUGGUGAACGUAUUCCUGGCUGUCCUGGUGUUUUUCUUUCCUGGUGGCUAUACGCACUGGGUGUUUGCACUUCUGGCCGGAAGCCAUGCUUACAUAUAUGCUUACGACCAUUACAGGGUCCUGCGUGUGGUGCCACGCAUUGUUUUCCAAUCCAUGAAUGUGGACUUCUGCGCGCAGGUUCUUCUGGCACCAGCUUGUGGCAUUCUGCUUGUCUGCUUGAUCUUCAAAGGCAACUGCACCAAGGAUGCUUUUCACUGCCUGGAGCCAUAUCCUCUGUUCGGUGUGUGCAUCGCAUCGUUCCUCUUGCAUUGUGCUGUCCAUACAAUGGUCCUUUGGUUUUUAGUGCCGUGUAUCGUUUUGCGAAGUGACAACGAGAAGAUCUACCGGACAGAUGCUAAGACCUUCAAGGAGGUGGCGGCAGAAGAGCCAUGCAGCUGGUUCACGGCAAACCCUAUACACUGCUUGCGGUCUUGGCUGAUAUACAAACACGACCCUCCUUGCAGCUUCUACGUUCCUGGGAUGGAGCACACCAUGCAGGUGAAUGAGAACAUCGGCUGCUACUUUACUGAGACGGACGAGACCGUGGAAGACGUACAGAGCUACUUGCGCUUGCCGUCACUGCAUGACUUGAAGCAUGCCCUGGCAGAUGCUGAUGAUGAUGACACCAAAGGUGACACAGGAGCUACAGGGUGA